ACGCUACACUGAAAGUUUCUAACUGCAAAAUAAAAACUACCAGUUCUCAGCCCUGCGUUUUCUCACCCUCCAGAGAGCUGCCAGGGUUCUGAUUGGUUUCCGCUGGAAGAGCCACAUCCGUCGAGGACUAGUCUUUGAAUUCUGAAUUGCGCUCGCCAGAUAAUUUAAUGGUGUCAUCUUCUGCAAAAUCUGAAAUUUUGGGUGAGGGUGAGACUGAACCUUUUGUGGACAGAUUCAGCAGUCUUCCGGACAAGAUAGCCCAUCACAUUCUUGAUUUUCUCGAUGUGGUAGACCUUUCUCAGUUGAUGUUAGUCUCCAAAAGAUGGAAAACUAAAAAACGGAAGAGGGAGAGAGUGAAGAAGAAGGUGGACCAUAACAAAGAAUUAUUUUAUCGAGUUCAUGAAUACUUCAUGAAAACCGUCUCUUGUUGUGACACUGAGUCUCUCCAUCUGGGUCUCAUGUCACCAGAGCUUAAGCCUCAAUGGCUUCAUCCUUUGUUCUUUGAUAUCACUAACAAUUUGAAGGAGCUUACUGUGCGUACUAACAAUUGCAGUCUUGGCUUUUUUGAGAUAAGUUUUGAAACGUUCCCCAAGUUAGAAAAGCUAACCUUGCUGUUUAGUAAACUUAAGGAUAGCGAAAUUUCCUGGGUGGUUUUUCAUCUCCCUUCGCUCAAGGCAUUGUGCCUUCAUUGCUGCACUGGGUUAAAGAAGCUCAUUCUUAGAAGCAAACCUGCAUUUGGAAUUGUUUCAUCUCAACUCAAAGAGUUUGUGUGGCAUGGUUUGCCUCUGGGAUAUUAUUUUGCUGACCGGUCUGUCCAUCUACAAAAUGCUGAAACCCAUCUCUUGCUACCUACUAAACGGUUACAAUGGGAGUUAUCUGAUGCUUCCACGGGCUUACUGGAUGAUGUUAUUGAUCAGUUAAAGAUGACCAAAACUGUGACGUUCCACGCCAACACUAUCCGGAUAUGUAUUUUCCAUAUGAAUGACUGCUUGUCGUCUCCAUUAAGCAAAGUAGAGAAUCUCGCUAUCGCAUAUUGCACUUUAGCUGAUACACUAGUGCCUCCAAUUGCUUUCUUUUUGCAAGGAAUGCUUGAUUUGAAGUCUUUGUCUAUAACAUCACGUGUUCCAAGAAAACAGGUGGAAGAAGUCGUGGAAAGUUUUGGGCCAUCCAUGGAGGGGUUGAAAGGGUUCAAUAUGGAAUACUGGGAAGCUCAAGGUCUUAAGUUUGUUCCUCAGCUGCAAAAGGCAACCAUCGAAGUAUGGAAUCGAGCAUCUUGGAGCAGAUAAAGGAAUACAAAAG